UGAUUCCCUCUGAAACCACACACACAGUCAUCUCAGCUGGUUUUAGGCUCUUUUGUGUCUGUUUGUGGCUGUUUGGACUAAUUCCUCCUCUCCGAGUGACUCGGUCUGACUCGCCGCUCCUCCUCCGGUCCUCCUCCUGCUGUGAUUGUCGGUCCUCCUCCUGCUGUGAUUGUCGGUCCUCCUCCGGUGGACUAUGCCCCGAGCCGUCAGCUGAGGAGGAGCAGGAGGCUCCACCAGGAGAACCAGUCCAAGAGGAGACGCUUGGUUAUUGCUGAAGAUGUCAGCUUCAACCGUCUCUCCUGUGACCAACACGACAAACGUCCCGUCAAACACCACCGCCGUCACCAAGACACAAGAACAGAUCCUCAUCCAGAGUUCUGGAGCUAUGAUCGCUGUCAUCGUGCUGGGCAUCAUCAUCAUCCUCUCCUUCUUCCUCAUCAUACUCAAGACCUACAACAGGAGGACUCAUGCCUCCAGGGUCCUGGGGGCCAGUGGAGGCUCUAAACCUCGUCCCAAGACGUCUGUAGGCAGCAGCCUGCCGCUGAGCACCAUGGGAGUCCACUCGGUGUCCGGCAGCAUGUCAGAGAACGGCCUCCAGCUGCCCCGAGCCUCCAGCCCGGCCCAACAGAACGGCUUCACGCUGCCCCGAGCCUCCAGCCCGGCCCAGCAGAACGGCUUCACGCUGCCCCGAGCCUCCAGCCCGGCCCAACAGAACGGCUUCACGCUGCCCCGAGCCUCCAGCCCGGCCCAGCAGAACGGCUUCACGCUGCCCCGAGCAGAGCUCAGCAGCCUGGAGGAGAACCAGAUAGAACAGGGCAGCACCACCAGCCAGUCCACCGCCAUCACCAUCCACGACACGUCUAUAGGGAACACAUAGCAGCCAGGCAGGCCUGCUACAACUAGAUCUGAAGCUGACUUUUUGCAGUGUGGUCUAGAGAACCACAGGGACCUAACAGACCUAACAGGGACCUCAGACUGUCUGCGGACUGAAUCCUGGGACCUCAGAGACGAUCUCCGCCCACGGAGCCGCUGAAUAUCCAUCAAAUCCAUCAUGAAGAGACUGUAAACAGACAUGAAGGACGCUGCAUGAUGAGACUUCCUGGAGAAGGAUUAUUAUUGUCGGCUGCAGUCGGAGUUCACCGUUAAUAUAACAGCAGUUUGCACAGCAACAAAAGGUCUAAAACCAGAUAAAACACUAAAUCUGCUGCAUGGACAGAAAUUAAGAUUAUCAAAUCUAGAAAUAAGCAUGUUGAACACUUAAAAUAAGAAAUUAACUCUUAAAACCCAGAUCUAGAUUUAGUGUUUUUACCUGUUUUUUAGAAACACCUUUUUUGCAUUUUGUAGUUUUUGCCGAUCACGACUAACACGAUGAAGAAACGUUGCUCUAAGGGAACAUUUGAGUAAAUGUAGGAUCAGUAAAAGCUCCAGAGAAACGAGGAGAUAACUCACUCUGUGUGUUUGAGGGAAAAUGUGUUGAUAUUUCAGAUUUAUUUUAUUAUUUGAUCAUAAAUCUGGUUCAUGUUGCAUUCUACUGUAUUCAGAUUCUCUCAGAUUAGUUUUUGUUUCAUAAAUCUAUAAAAUGUCCUUGUAUUUUUUUACCUUGUAUAUGAAGAGAACACAGAGAUAUUGUUGGAGACAUGUGGAUGUCAGUUUAUUAUUAAUAAUAAUAAUAAUAAUAAUAAUAAUAACUCUGAUGUAAAUCCUUUUUUUAGUCUGACGCCAAAGGAUUUUGCACUUUAUUUGCUCCCUGUGUUUGUAUUGUUUGUGGUUCUUUUAAUGAAAAUAAAAUGUAAUAUUUCUAAUUGUGUCUGAGCUGUUUGUUAGAAUUAAGAGACAUUCAUACGAAGGACAAAACGAUAUGAAAUGGGGAAGAUUAUUAAAAUCUUAUGAAACCUCAAAGACUUAAAGUGAGGAAGGUUUUUGAUCUGUUUUUCUUAUUUUAGUCUGAUGGAAAGAAAACAACCAACA